ACCCUUCGUUUGCGUUACUCACAGUUUCUUCAACUCUCGAUUUCGCUUUCUCUUCAAUUCAAUCUCUCUAUCUUAAGAUUUGCUUUUCCAUUUUCACUUUCAAUUCAUUUCUUUGAAUACUUCUUCUGAUUCUUCUUCAAUGGAGUGUAGAACUUUAGAUGUCAACAUCAAGAGAGCCAACGGCCUCAAGAAUGUCAAUCUCUUCUCAAAGAUGGAUGUAUACGCUGUCGUUUCCAUCUCCGGUGAUCCUCGCGGGAAGUCGAAGCAGAAGACUCCUGUAGCUAAAGAAGGCGGUUCGGAUCCUUACUGGAACUAUACCAUGAAGUUCACAAUCGAUGAGGCUGCCUUACAGAGCAAUCGACUCAAUCUGAAGAUCAAAUUCGUUUCCGAUCGGAGUUUAGGCGAUAAGAAGAUCGGGAAGGUUAUUGUUCCGAUUAAGCGAUUGCUCGAUGAAAGUGCUAAUAAAGGAGAUGAGGGAAAAUCUGAGAGAACCGUUAAUUUCAGCGUCAGGACUAUGAGCGGAAAGGAAAAAGGUAACGUCGAAUUAUCGUAUAAAUUUGGGGAAAAAUACACGGUUCAAGCACCGCCGCCACCGCCUCCUGCUAUGAAAUCCGGUGAGCCGAUGACUGCUUAUCCUCAAGGUUAUGCUGGAUCUAGUUCCGGAUAUCCGGCAGGAGGUGCUUAUCCCCCUGCGCCAGGGACUGCUUACGCGUAUCCGCCUCCGCCUCAAGGGUACGGUUAUCCACCGCCUCCACAGGCUGGAUAUGCGUAUGGCGGUUACCCACCGCCGCCGCAGGCAGGGUAUGGAUAUGCGCCGGUGCAUCAGGCACAGAGGCCACAUAAGAGCGGUGGUGGUUUUGGUGGUAUGGCUUUGGGAGCCGGAGCUGGACUUCUGGGUGGUUUACUGAUCGGCGAAGCGAUUUCCGAUGUCGGUGAUAUGGCGGCUUAUGAUGCCGGAUAUGAUGCUGGUUUUGGUGAUGGUUUUGAUUUCUAAAUCCCUCUUCUUCCUCUUCUUCUUGUUUAUGUAUAUGAAACUUUUUGGAGCUUUUCGGGUAUGAUCAGUACUUUGCAAUUAUUUUUUUCUUUGGCUCUUAUGAAUUUAGUAACUAAUCCUCCACUGACUUGAGAUUGAAUCUCUUGUACUUCUUAAUUAUGUGUUAUAUUACUUAUUUUGUUCAACUA